AUGGCCGCUAACAAACACGAAUCUCUACCUGUUGAGGAACUUGAUGAUAUUUUGUACCUGAUUAACGAAGGAUUUCUGGAAGAAGAUGAGGAAUUGAAUAGUCAGAUUGAAGAUAUUGCCAUAGAAGUUACCAGAGAUGAAGAAAACCCUGCAGGUUUCGAAUGCAACGUCUGUGGGAAGGCCUGCAAGUCACGCCGUGGACUAUCAAGGCACACAAAUUCGAAACAUCGUCAUGUUACUUCUUCCUCUGACGCUCCCGUAUCUUCCUUAUCCAGUGCUGCACAAACAUCUUCUUCUUCUAACUAUUCUGCCGAUGAAAUAAGUCGUCAAAAGCUUCAUCCACUACAGCUAAAAGCCAUCGUAUUGAAAUGCGCCGAAAAGAUCUCUUCAGAUGAAUGCUUUCCCUCGAGUUUGCGAGAUCAUUUUUCUAAGGGAUUAUUUAUAUUCACAAAUGAUGAUGCUGUUGAAUUAUGGUCGAAAUUGAGAAAAGUUAUAGAUAGUUUCAAGGGCGAUGCUGAAAAAUUUUAUUCUGGUUUUUUUUCGUUAUUGGUUGUCAAUGUUCUUCCAUCAAAAUUUGAGGAAUCUUUCGUUACAAAUACGUUGAUGUCAGAAGUAGCAAACCUUUUAUUGAGUCAUCUAUCUGGUGUUGAAAAUUUGGAUGGUACAAAGGAGCCUGAGUCUUUGUCAGCAAAGGAGGAGAAAAGUUUGCAAUAUCUGGCUGGUUUUAUUUUACAUAAACUUUAUUCAAAAUUUUUUUAUUCUACUAAAAGCAGAGACAUAAAUCAACAAAUUCUUUCUCUUCUACAAGCUUGCAAAGUUGAAAUUGAUGAGUCUCAAACUCUUAUUAAUGCUCUUGACAGAGGUGGUUUAUGGAGAGUGAACAAUAAGGUUCAAAAAGUUUUUUUGCGAUCAGAAUUGUUAUUUCGUGCGAGAACUGCUUCUUUUAAAACAAAAUUGGCUUGUGAAGAUUUGGUUUCAGAGAUUUUGAAAGACCCUUCUGUUCUUUCCAAUUACAAUGACAUUUGCCUAAAUGCCAGCCUUGAAAUAAGUAAAGAAGUUAGUAUGGAUCUCCUAGAGCACAUGUUGACAAUAUACUUUCGAGUAAGAACUUUUUCUUUUGCAAAGGAUAUCAGGGAAAAACAUAAAAUUUCAAAAAAACUGGCAAAGAAGCGGUCUCUCCGGACAGAAAUCAAGAAAUCCAGUUCUACAGACACUCUACAGAAGUCUAAUUUUUAA